UAUCGUAUGUUUUUUGUUUGAGUUUCUUUUUUUGCAUGUUUAUAAAUAAACAAGGACAAAAUUUCGAGUUUCGUUUAACUUUGUUUUUGUAAUAUUAUGCAAAAUAAAGUCAAUAUAAGCUAAUGGAUGCCAAUCAAGAUUCGGAAAGCUAUUGGAAUAGGUCUGCCAGCAAGGCUUUCAGUUUUGAUGAUGAAGACGAUGAUGUGGAGGCGGACAAUGCAAGUCUAAAUAGCUCCAAAGCGGACUAUAGCAUCUUAGCUGAUGAUAACAUUUCAGAAGCAAGCUUCGAUAGUACCGCGAAUGUAUUAAAUCUAACAAUUCGAUCAGUUUUAUGCGAGGCCGAUUUGGAACAAAUUUUAAACGAGCAAUCCCAUGACAGUGACAUCAUUCCCAAGGGUAUUUCACCUGACGAAGAACUCAAAUUAUUGCGCCGUAAGCUUCAGUACAUGGUGCAUGCACCAUCACUAAAAAUAACUGCUACUAAAUUACUACACGGAAAAGUAUGUCCAUUGGAAGUCUAUAAAUCACUGAAUGAUAAAGAGGAACUUCUAGACGAAGUACUGCGUAAUGGCGAUGGAAACGCCGUUAUUGGAGUAAUCCUGUUCCUUCAACGAACAUUGAACAAAAAACAAUUUUAUCGAAUCCUACGUAUUCGUUCAAAGGCAUGUGAUCAUUACAUCAACUAUUUAAUCCAAACGAAGAACAAAGAAGCCAUCGAAAUACUUACUAUGCUCGGGCGACAUCAUGAAUCUUCUAUUGUUCAGUUCAAGGCUGCAAUUAACCGAAACUCGGACAUUUCAAUUAAGAAGCAGAAGCUUAAACAGUUCAUAGAUGCAUAUUGUUUAGAUCCUGGAAUUAUUUCGAUAUACUAUCAGAUCUUUACGAACUCCUUGAAUCUCAUAGAAUUCAUAGAAAAGAAUAAAAGCAGUUUAAAUGACGAAAUAACCGUUGAUUCGUCGGCUUUGGAAGUGUUGUAUUCGUGUUGCGCCAGGCACAAAUGGAAAGACUCGGAAGCUACAAGUUCUCUGAGUCCCUUGAAAAUAGCAACGGAUUAUCAAAUAUCACCAGCACAAUUUGAAUGGACCGCACUUAAUGAGAGAGCUAAAUCCCAAUCGUAUCUCGAUCUUGGGGGUAUAUUUGAAAAAUCUACUUGGAAUUUAAUAACAAAGCAGAAACAGUUUCAUAUAAGUUUCUCAUUGGAAACGGCAAUACAGCGGUUAGCCGAUCUGAAUGCACCCUUACCGGUGUUACAUUUCUUUCUUUCAAAACUUAGCAAUCCUCAUCAAAAACUGACUCUCUCGAAAAAAGUUAAAUGCACAAAGGGAAUAAUUGAUGCACUGGUGGCACUUAAGGAUGUUCAAGUUCUGGAAAAUUUCAGAGACACUUUAAUCAAUGGAAGUGAAGAAAGAUUCUAUUGUGAACAGGCCUUGACAAAUAUGAACAAAAAAUGGUCUACUGAAGGUCUAAAGAUUAUUCGAUAAGUUUUUUUUAUUUAUUUUUAUACAAAUAUCUCUUGAAAGUAAUAAUAAAACUUUUACAUAAAUAAAU